ACGUUGAGGAAAUAAAAAAUCAAAGAAGAUCGGCCAAGUUCUUCCCAGGCAGUUUCGCGGGAAGACAGAGCUCGCAAAUUGUCAUGUGUCAGCUAAAGACGAUCGGAGUUCUAUUCGUUUGUGGGCUUGUAGCAGUGAUCGCUUGCUUCGCCUCCACGCCGCCGCGAGAGCUGACUGUGUUGGUGGAACCAGUGAAAGGCCAUCUCUAUGGAAUGGUUUCCAGAUACCAUAAGUUUUGGAAGGACAUCAAAGAACCCUCUCUAGUGGUGGAGUCAAAAAGAAGAGAAAAAGAUUCGGACGUUUUAGCGCUCAAGGAUGCACUCAAGUAUCUUGAUGUUGAUUUUUUCAAUGAAUCGAAAGUGCGAGAAAUAGCAGAGGGUGCAAAAAAGUUCAACAUACCCGGAUUCAAAGAGAACCGCAAGUUGGUUGCUUCUGUUGAUGGAGGGCUACACAACCCUUCAGUUCUAGUGUUUGAUUCAUCUUGGGGUAUCGGAGAUGGGAGCCAUGGUGUUCCUAAAUUUAAUUACCCUCAUCUAUCUGGUGUAACGAGACCAGACACAGAGGAUGACAUAGCUUUCAUGACUAUUCUUGAACUAGGUGCCCUCAUUAAGACUAAACAGAUUACAUCGAGUGAGCUUACAGCAAUUUUCCUAAGGAGGUUAAAGAGGUAUGAUCAUGUCCUGCAAGCUGUGAUUACAUAUACUGAGGAACUAGCAUAUAGUCAAGCAAAGAUGGCAGAUGAGUUACUUGAUCAAGGAGUAUAUUUGGGUCCGCUUCAUGGAAUUCCCUAUGGAUUGAAAGAUCUCGUCGCGGUGCCCGGCUAUAGGACAACAUGGGGAUCAAAGACAUUCAAGGAUCAAGUUAUUGAUACUGAAGCAUGGAUUUAUAAAAGGUUGAAAGAAGCCGGUUCGGUCCUCAUUGCGAAGCUUGUCACGGGAUCAUUGGCCUAUGAUGAUAUUUGGUUUGGAGGAAGGACCCGAAAUCCUUGGAACAUUGAGGAAUACUCAACUGGCUCAUCAGCAGGAUCAGCAGCCACUACUUCUGCAGGGCUUGUUCCUUUUGCAAUUGGCUCAGAGACAUGUGGGUCUAUUACUUACCCUGCAGCUCGCUGUGGAAUAACUGCCUUAAGACCAACCUUUGGAACUGUGGGUCGAAGUGGGGUGAUGUCCUUAUCUGAGAGCUUGGAUAAACUUGGCCCUUUCUGCCGGAGUGCCGUAGACUGCGCGAUUGUAAUAGAUGCAAUCCGCGGGGCGGACCCUGAGGAUCUUUCAUCUCGGCAUGUUCCACUUGAUGAUCCAUUUUCAGUUGACAUAAAAAAACUCACAGUUGGCUAUCUUGAAGAUGCUGAGAUGGAGGUUGUGCAUGUGUUAUCUUCGAUGGGUGUUGAGGUUGUUCCUUUUAAGCUAAAUUAUUCAAUAAAAUCAGUUCAGCAAAUCCUCAAUUUCACUAUGGAUGUGGACGUAUUGUCACACUUUGACAAGUGGCAGCGCACUGGGCUUGAUGACGAAUAUGAAGUGCAGGACCAGUGGCCAUUUGAGCUGCGGCGUGCUCGACUGAUCCCUGCUGUAGACUAUGUGCAGGCACAAAGAGCUAGAGGGAAAUUGAUUCGGGAAGUUCAUGAGAGCUUCACAGUUGAUGCAUUUAUUGGAAAUGCAACUGAUUGGGAGAAAGUUUGCUUGGGAAAUCUUGUGGGAAUGCCAGUUGUGGUUGUUCCGACCAGCUUCAAAAGCAUUGAGAACCCGCCAAAAGGUGGAACUAACAGAAGAACAACUGUGACGACAGGCAUUUACGCCCCUCCAGACAAAGAUUAUAUCGCUUUAGCCCUAGCAAUGGCAUAUCAGUCUGCCACCAAUCAUCACCUUCAGCGGCCACCCAUUGAUGACCUUGGACCAAAUGAUCCUAUUACAGGAAGGCCAAAUGAUCUCAUUACAGUUCAUGGUGAGAGUUAGCUGCUUCAUUUGUGGUCGAGGAGAAUAAGGCCAUUUUUUGUUUUUGGUAAAAUGGUUAACACAUUUGCUUGCUUUCAAUUAAGUCUAUCUUCAUGGUAGAAUAAAUAAAUCCUGCAAUGUGAGGCUAAUAAGAUACAUUCUUAGUCAUUUUGAGGAGUUAACAGUUCAUUUAGGCAUUUGAAUCACUAUUUUAAAUAUUUUAUUUUAUUUUUCUGUUGUGAUGUGCCUAUUUUAUUUAUAAAUUAUGAAAUAAUUUUGCAAAA